AUGCCGUCCCCCAAGACUAUCGGCUUCAUUGGCCUUGGGACCAUGGGGUUGCCGAUGGCCAGAAUUCUCCGAAAGAAAUGUGUCGAAUCCCAUCUUUACGUCUAUGAUAUCAAUGUGAAAGCGACGGAGGCAUUCGUCGCCGAAGAGCCUGGUAGAGUCACAGCUUGCUCGAACCCUCGGACCGUGGCGGACAAGGCAGAGGUGGUGGUUUCCAUGGUUCCUGCGGGGCCUCAUGUAAUCGACGUAUACUUGAACCCAGAUGAUGGCGUUCUCAGGGCAAAUGUCGACGGAAAGCUGUUGGUGGAUUGCUCAACUAUUGACGUGGCAAGCUUCGAUCAAGUUCGUGCAAGAGUCACAGAAUCACAUCCCAACACUCACUUCUAUGAUGCCCCAGUCUCUGGAGGCUCCCUGGGCGCAGAGGCAGGCACUCUCACCUUCAUGGUUGGAUGCUCCAAAGGCGAUCCUCUAUGGGACGAUUUGCAUGACCUUCUCAAAUGCAUGGGCACAUCCAUCUUUGCAUGUGGCGGCCAAUCGCUGGGCUUGACUGCAAAGCUUUGCAACAACUAUUGCUCAGGUUUGAUUGCUAUCGCCACGGCAGAGGCCAUGAAUAUUGGCAUCCGAUCGGGCAUGGAUCCUACCGUGCUAGCCAGUAUCUUUGCCACGUCAACAGCACAAAGUCGUAUCUGCGACAAGUGGAACCCAGUGCCUGGGAUCUGCCCAGAGGCGCCAUCUAGCCAUGAUUAUCGUGGAGGGUUCAAGGUGGAAUUGAUGAAGAAGGACUUUGGCCUCGCUGUUGAUGCGGCAAAACAGGUUGGAGCCCGUCUUUGUCUCGGAGAUGCAGGGUUGAAAACCUACGAGGAAGCGUCGGAGGAUCCGAAUUGUGUUGGCCGUGACUCACGGGUUGUGUUUCGAUAUAUUGGUGGCAAAGAGGACUGGAGCAAUGAUAGUCACAAGUAG